UUGAUCUCUUUUUGGGAAAGAGGGAAAGAAAAAGGAAAGAAAGAUGCAAGGCCUGACGCGUCACUUGGUCUUCCUCUCCAUUUUCGCAGCCGUAACUCUGAAACUAAAAGCCCAAUACCUUCUUCCCAUCAACAAACACCAACCCACCAAACAAUUCUACACCACUUUAAACAUCGGAUCCUCCCCAAAAUCACCGAUCAACCUCGUCCUCGACCUAGAAACAAACCUCUCGUGGCUAAACUGCCGCAAAAUCAAAUCUUUAUCCACUUACCGCCGCGUCGGCUGCAACACCUCCCUCUGCAACUCACUCCCCAAUGGUCACUGCCAAGAAAACACAUGUUACAACAGCCAACCUAACCCUCUCAACAGAAUCCCACUCAUCGCUCGCUUAGGCCAAGACAGAGCCUCCUUCACAACCACCGACGGCAACAAAACCUCCGUCCGUAACUUCACAUUCCUCUGCGCCGGCCAGAAAGACCUCCGAGGCUUUUCUCCUCCGGCCGCCGGAGUUCUUGGUCUCUCUCCCGGAGCAUUGUCGUUCCCGAAGCAAGUGACCUCAGCGUUUAAUGUCAUCCCAAAGUUUGCUCUAUGCUUGCCUUCUUCUUCCACUGGCCCCGGCCACUUGUACGUCGGGACCGGUCCUUACUUCAACGAUCGUCUUUCGAAUAUUCCGAUGACCUUCACGCCGUUUACGAUCACAGAAUCUGGAAAGUAUCUCAUCAGCGUCAAAGCUAUCUACGUUGAUGGAUUCGGCUUGUCGUUGGAUCGCGAGUUGCUUGUUCCAGGUGCCAAACUCAGCACGGUUGUUCCUUACACAACACUCCAAUCUGAUGUCUACACUGCUCUUGCUAAAUCAUUUACACUCAAAGCAGAGGCUAUGGGACUAUAUAAGGUAUCAACGGUCGCACCGUUCAAAGACUGUUUCGAUGUAGGAGCCACCGAGAGGGAAAGGAAGGGGCCGAACGUGCCGGUGAUAGAGAUUGGACUGCCGGGGAGGAUACGGGAGGUGAGAUGGAGUUUUCACGGGGCUAAUACGGUGGUUAGGGUUUUGGAGACCGUCGUAUGUUUGGCUUUCAUUGACGGAGGAAAGAGACCAAAUGACCUGAUGGUGAUAGGGACACAUCAGCUCCAAGAUUACUUGGUGGAGUUGGAUUUUAGUAGGACGGUUUUAGCCUUUAGUGACUCACUCUUGCUCCACAAUACUAGCUGCUCUUCUUAGCCUUCCCAGAAGUAGAAGUGGAAAUUGAAUCACAACCACAAGCUUCUGAAUUUUCUUUCCUUAUGUACCGCUUGUUUUUUUGCCGUGUUCUCUUAAUAACAAAUAUUUGAAAUGAA